CAAUAUAAUACUUUCGUGACAUUUGCACUUAAUUUCAUUGCAAUGAAACUAAUACUUUUGUUCGAUAAUCAUAGAAUAUUAAUUCACAAAAAUGGCGAUAGCUUUGCAUUUCAAACGUUAUAGUCAACGUCACCUCAAUAUAUUACUCAAAACUUAAAAUGUUAAAACUUGAGCUUACGUCACCUCUCUGCAUGAGAACGUAUCGACUCACCUCAUAUGGCACAAGACAUGUACCAGCCAUCUAAGGGCAAAGGCUGCAAUCGAUUUUAUAGUUGAAACUCACUGCCACGCGGCAGAUUUUCUGUAUAAAAGGGGCUUCCCAACGGCAGGAGGCCAGCACCGUCUACCACUGUCGCAAUGUCUCUCUUCUGGCUCGUCUCCUGCUUCGCCUUCAUCGGCGCCACCUUCGGGUGCGGUGUCCCGGCUAUCAAGCCGGUCAUCACCGGCUACUCCCGUAUCGUCAAUGGCGAGGAUGCAGUGUCGGGCUCCUGGCCCUGGCAAGUGUCCCUGCAGGAUUCCACCACGUGGCACUAUUGCGGUGGCUCCCUCAUCGACCCCUCAUGGGUGGUGACCGCUGCCCACUGCGAGUUCAACCCGUCCAUUGACCGCGUCGUCCUGGGCGAGCACGACAGGAACUCCAACGCCGAGAACAUCCAGUCUCUUGUCGUCUCUAAGGCCAUCACUCACCAGCAGUGGGACUCCUACAACAUCAACAACGACAUCAUGUUGCUGAAGCUGGCUCAGCCCGCUCAGAUCGUGGACCGUGUCUCUCCCGUCUGCCUGCCUGCCGCCUCGGAUGUCUUUGCUGAUAACAUGAUGUGUGUCACCUCCGGCUGGGGCAAGGUCCGCUCUUCCGCCUUCAACACGCCUCCCAUCCUGCAGCAGACCGCUCUGCCCAUUGUGCCUACCGCCACCUGCCAGCAGAAGUGGGGCACCGUGAACGUCAUCACCAGCGUCAUGAUCUGCGCUGGUGGUGCUGGAGCUAGCUCCUGCAUGGGUGACUCCGGCGGCCCCCUGGUGUGCGAGAAGAACGGCGUGUGGAACCUCGUGGGGAUCGUGUCGUGGGGCAGCAGCUCGUGCUCCACCAGCAUGCCGGCCGUGUACGCGCGCGUCACCGCCCUGCGCAGCUGGAUUGACCAGACCAUGGCUGCCAACUAGACACACUGAUGGGCAACGAUUCAGUAAUUGCUUUCAAUUGGUCGCAUUGGAUUCGUGAUUGUGAACACCUUGGAUUAUAUAUGAUUCAAUUGCUUGUGUUGAUGAUAUGUUGUAUCGUUAAUAAUAAAGUUGCUGACCAAUGAUUUUUCUCCAUAAUCUUUGGUUCUUUUGGUAAAGUCAGGUAGGUAGAAAAAUGAAUCACGACGUUUUGUUUGCAACACAAGCAAUCGUCAUCAGGUGGAAAGUUAUAGCAGUAGAACUGUUGAACAGGAAAGGGCUUCUGCAACAAUAGGUUAUAUAUAGGUUUGAGGAGGGUGUCACUCAAGGGUAAGUAGGCGGGGUCAGAGAUAGAAAGGAGUCCCGUCGCCGCAUGCACGCACAACAGCUGCAUUAAAGGGAGAGUUUGGCAUGCCAAUGUAAACGAGUAUAAUGGGAAAUGAGCCCCGUCAUCGCACACGAGCACCGUCGCCGCACUCACACACAGCAGCUGUGUUAAUGAGGGAGUUUGGCAUGUCAAUGUAAAUAUUUUAAUGGGAGAUAGCAUGUCUGUGUCAGAGGACCGGGCAUAGCGCCACCUCAUGGGCAACACAAGCUGCGGCAUUGGCUGCUGCACAGUGAGAGGCCAGCGCAUCAACGCAAGAGAACCACCGUAACGGCGGCCGUGCCAGUGAGACAUACAGCCUAUUAAACAGCGAGAGCUACCGUUACAUCCUGGUGGUUAUGUUAGUGAGACCUUAGUCUGUUACUGUAAAGACAUUUAAAAAGGUAAUGUAAUUCAGAUAAUCGGAAAUAACUGCUAAACGGCAUGAAGGAUUGAAACAUCACAGCAAGUUAUGAGUUUACCUGGUUAACAACAUCCUUCCAAUGUAAAGUUUUAAGGUUAGAUCGCGUUAUUUAUAAAUGUGCCAUAACC